AUGGCACAGGAAUAUUCAACCGCAGGAGACUACGGGCUCAAAACCCUAUACGAACCCGAGCAUGCAACUGUCGAUAUUCUUUUCGUUCACGGGCUAACGGGGAACCGUGAGACGACAUGGACGUUUAAACCCACGAGACAGCUCUGGCCCCAGCAUUUCUUGGCCAAAGACCUUCCGAAUGCGCGAAUCAUCACCUUCGGUUACGAUGGGGACAUCAUCGGGGCUCUUAAGGUCGCGGGCUCAAAUACUUUACGCGAUCAUGGGAAAACGCUAGCACAUGAUCUAGCAGUGUGGCGGAAGAGAUCUAAGUCGGAUCAUCGGCCCCUGAUAUUCGUCGCGCAUAGCCUCGGAGGUCUUGUGACGGAACAAGCCCUCCUGAUUUGUCGCGGAGCAGCCCAACAGCACUAUAAGGAUGUCCUUGACUCCACUGCCGCAAUUGCUUUCAUGGGAACCCCACACCUCGGAUCCAAUAAGGCUGCGUGGGCAUUACCACUAACACGCUUAGCCAAUGUCCUUCGCACAGCGAAUAAAGAACUUAUUCAAGCGCUAGCGCCAGGGUCGGAAAUGCUCGCCAAUCUCCAACAAGAAUUCCAUACAAUGCUAGAGGAUCGGCGCAAUCAUGGCAAAAAACUUGAAAUGUUCUGCUUUUACGAGGAGCUUGAAGUGACCGGAGUUGGAAAGAUUGUCUCCGAUCAAUCUGCUAUCCUAGCAUCCUGUCCAAACCGCUCUAUUCACGGUAACCAUAUGCAGAUGACCAAGUUUAGCAGUUGUCAAGAUCCCGGGUACAUGGCAGUGAGCAACCAGCUGUGGGUAUGGGUAGAUGCAAUCGAAAGUCAACAAGGCCCAGUGUCGAUGGAGGCAGGAAACCGAAAACCCCGAUCAGGAUACUUCAUAGAGUCAAGCGGUGGUCCAGUGAUGCUGGGGAACAUGAACGCGGGACGAGAUUUUACUUUUAAUAAUAACAUCAGUUAUUGA